GCUUUCUGCAGGGAAGGAAAAUGGCAAAGAUGGAGGUGAAGACGUCUCUUCUGGACAACAUGAUCGGAGUGGGAGACAUGGUGCUUCUGGAACCCCUCACGGAGGAGUUUAUCAGCAAUCUCCAAAAGCGUUUUGAUCACAGCGAGAUAUACACUUACAUUGGUAGUGUGGUGAUAUCAGUCAAUCCGUACCGACCACUGCCUAUUUAUUCACCGGAGAAAGUAGAGGAAUACCGGAACAGAAACUUCUAUGAACUCAGACCUCACAUUUUUGCCCUGUCGGAUGAGGCGUAUCGAUCUCUGAGAGACCAGGAUAAAGAUCAGUGCAUACUCAUCACCGGAGAGAGCGGAGCUGGAAAAACAGAGGCCAGCAAACUUGUCAUGUCUUAUGUGGCCGCUGUUUGUGGAAAGGGAGCAGAAGUGAACCAAGUGAAAGAACAACUUCUGCAGUCUAAUCCCGUACUUGAAGCUUUUGGAAAUGCCAAAACUGUAAGGAAUGAUAACUCCUCUCGAUUUGGGAAGUACAUGGACAUUGAGUUUGAUUUCAAAGGCGACCCUCUGGGAGGAGUAAUAAGCAACUAUCUGUUGGAGAAGUCCCGUGUUGUUAAACAACCAAGAGGUGAAAGGAAUUUUCACAUUUUCUAUCAGAUACUGUCUGGAGGAUCUGAAGAUAUGCUUCAAAAACUGAAGCUGGAGCGAGAUUUCAGUCGCUAUAACUACCUGAGCCUGGACUCUGCAAAAGUGAAUGGAGUGGACGAUGCUGCCAACUUCCGAACAGUUAGGAAUGCCAUGCAGAUUGUGGGAUUCAUGGACCAUGAAACACUGUCGGUUUUUGAAGUUAUCGCUGCUGUCUUAAAAUUGGGAAAUAUCGAAUUCAAGCCUGAGUCUCGCGUGAAUGGCUUAGACGAAAGCAAAAUCAAAGAUAAAAAUGAACUCAAAGAAAUCUGUGAGCUGACGGGCAUCGAUCAGUCGGUGCUGGAGCGAGCCUUCAGUUUCCGCACCGUCGAAGCUAAGCAAGAGAAGGUCUCCACAACCCUCAACGUGGCUCAGGCUUAUUACGCUCGGGAUGCUCUGGCAAAGAAUCUUUACAGCAGACUCUUUUCUUGGCUCGUUACCAGGAUCAAUGAGAGCAUUAAGGCACAAACAAAAGUGAGGAAGAAAGUCAUGGGAGUGUUGGACAUCUAUGGAUUUGAAAUUUUCGAGGAUAACAGUUUUGAGCAGUUCAUUAUCAACUAUUGCAACGAGAAGCUGCAGCAGAUCUUCAUUGAGCUGACGCUGAAGGAGGAGCAAGAAGAGUACAUCCGAGAGGGCAUCGAAUGGACUCACAUUGAGUACUUCAACAACGCUAUCAUUUGUGACCUCAUAGAAAACAAUCAGAACGGGAUUCUGGCGAUGCUGGAUGAAGAAUGCCUACGGCCCGGAGUUGUGACCGACGACACCUUCUUGGAAAAGCUGAACCAGGUCUGUGCCACUCACCAGCACUUUGAAAGCCGGAUGAGCAAGUGCUCGCGCUUCUUGAACGACACCUCCCUGCCCCACAGUUGCUUCAGAAUUCAGCACUAUGCUGGCAAGGUGAUGUAUCAAGUGGAAGGAUUUGUCGACAAGAACAAUGACCUCUUGUACCGCGAUCUGUCACAAGCCAUGUGGAAAGCCAGCCACCCCCUCAUUAAAUCGCUGUUCCCAGAAGGAAACCCUGCCAAGAUUAACUUAAAGAGGCCUCCGACGGCUGGUUCCCAGUUCAAGUCUUCCGUAGCGACCCUGAUGAAGAACUUACAAACCAAAAAUCCCAACUAUAUCAGGUGCAUCAAACCUAAUGACAAAAAAGCGGCAUUCGUCUUCACGGAGGCCCUGGUGUGCCAUCAGGUUCGCUAUUUAGGGCUGCUGGAAAACGUCCGUGUCAGGAGGGCAGGAUAUGCAUUCAGGCAGCCAUAUGAGCCUUGCUUGGAAAGGUAUAAAAUGCUUUGUAAGCAAACAUGGCCGCACUGGAGAGGCCCUGCCAGAGCUGGAGUGGAGGUACUAUUUAAUGACCUAGAGAUCCCCGAAGAAGAGUAUUCCUUUGGUAGAUCAAAAAUAUUCAUCCGGAAUCCAAGAACGCUCUUCAAAUUGGAAGACCUGCGGAAACAGCGCCUGGAGGAUCUGGCAACGUUGAUCCAGAAGAUCUACAGGGGCUGGAAGUGCCGCACGCAGUUCCUUCUAAUGAAGAAAAGUCAGGUUGUCAUCGCUGCCUGGUACAGGAGAUACGCGCAACGGAAGAAAUACCAGCGGACCAAGGGUUCUGCCAUCGUGGUUCAGUCGUAUAUCAGAGGGUGGAAGGCCCGAAAGCUCCUUCGAGAACUAAAGCACCAGAAACGCUGCAGAGAAGCGGUCACGACCAUUUCGGCUUAUUGGCAUGGUACUCAGGCGCGAAGGGAGCUGAUGCGGCUGAAGGAGGAGGCUAGGAAUAAACUUGCUAUUGCUGUUAUUUGGGCUUGCUGGCUUGGAUUUAAGGCUCGAAGGGAGUUGAAACGCUUGAAGGAGGAAGCUAGGCGCAAGCAUGCCGUUGCGGUCAUUUGGGCUUACUGGCUUGGACUGAAGGUCCGUAGAGAGUACAGGAAAUUUUUCCGAGCCAACGCGGGAAGGAAAAUUUACGAGUUCAUACUCCAGAAAAUCCUGCAAAAGUAUUUCUUGGAGAUGAAGAAUAAGAUGCCUUCUCUAUCACCGAUUGACAAAAACUGGCCUGCAAGGCCUUACCUCUUUCUGGAUUCAACGCACAAGGAGCUGAAAAGGAUAUUCCAUUUAUGGAGGUGUAAAAAGUACCGAGACGGGUUCACUGAUCAGAAGAAAGCCGUUUAUGAAGAAAAACGGGAAGCCAGCGAGCUGUUCAAGGACAAGAAAGCUCUAUAUCCAGCGAGCGUCGGGCAGCCUUUCCAAGGGGCUUACCUGGAAAUCAGCAAGAACCCCAAGUACAAAAAGCUAAAAGACGCCAUGGAGGAGAAGGUUAUCAUUGCCGAAGUAGUAAACAAAAUCAACAGAGCGAACGGGAAGUGCACGGCUAGGAUUUUCUUGCUCACAAAGAACCAUGUCCUCCUGGCCGAUCAAAAGUCAGGGCAAAUCAAGUCAGAGCUCCCCCUGGAGGACGUCACGAAGGUGUCCAUGAGCUCUCAGAACGACGGCUUCUUUGCGGUACAUCUCAAGGAGGGGUCUGGAGCGGCUGGAAAAGGGGAUUUCCUGCUCAGGAGCGAUCAUCUUAUCGAAAUGGCGACCAAGCUCUAUCGGACCACGCUCAGCCAAACCAACCAAAAGCUCAACAUUGAAAUAUCUGAUGAGUUCCUUGUUCAGUUCAGACAGGACAAAGUGUGCGUGAAGUUUGUGCGGGGGAACCAGAAGAACGGCAACAUUCCAACCUGCAAGCGAAAAAACAACCGGCUUCUUGAAGUUGCUGUGCCUUAAUUCUCUUGUGUUUUCUCCUACCUUACGCGGAGCCGUUCUUUGUGAUGGUGCAAUUUUAGCCGUUGUGUGGGGGAGGGAGUUUUGGUGGGACCGGGAGGGGGUGUUCUGCCAAUAGCUUUGAGAGACCCGUGCCGAAAGGUGCAACUAAGUUAUCGACACAGAGAUGUUUUUAGCAUGAUAAUCCACACGCGGGCUUUGUCCGCCGAGCACGUAUUAUAGGCAGGCCAAAUGUCUUCUCGUACUUGUAAUGGUUUUUAUUUAUUCCUCACUUUUUAUUGCUGCUUACUACAGGCCUAUAUACCUUACAGCCCCAUUCCUCAUAGUUGUGAAGCUGGAAUCUUUACCCUCCAGCUAUGCAGACUGCGCCAGGAAGGCAUUCUUUGCCUCUCUUUCCUCCUCUUUCGUUUCUGGGGCAAAACUCAGUCCAAAGGGUUAAUGGAGAGUCAGGAUUAGCAGCUCUGGCAAAAAUUCUCCGAGAGAAGCCGUAACCCCGUUAAUUGCAAACAGCACAGAGCCACUCUAUGAUGGGAUCUUUAAUGACACCCAGGGCAGGAAACCCUUGGUUCGGCAAAGCAGAAGGAAUGUAUGACUACGUACGCAGCAGCUUGCGUAUGCUUUUAUUUUAUUUGCAUUGAAGAAGCCAGAGUUUUGCAGCAGCCAUUUUAAUUGUCAGCUUUUAAUGCCUUUUUAAGUGUAGGAAGCCAUGGAAUCAUAGAGUUGGAAGGGACCUCCAGGGUCAUCUAGUCCAACCCCCUGCACAAUGCAGGAAACCCACAAAUACCUACCCUAAAUUCACAGGAUCUUCAUCACUGUCAGAUGGCCAUCUAGCCUCUUGAAAAACCUCCAAGGAAGGAGAGCCCACCACCUCCCAAGGAGGAAGCCUGUUCCACUGAGGAAUCACUCUAACGGUCAGGAAGUUCUUCCUAAUGUUGAGCUGGAAACUCUUUUGAUUUAAUUUCAACCCAUGGGUUCUGGUCCUACCUUCUGGGGCCACAGAAAACAAUUCCACACCAUCCUCUAUGGGACAGCCCUUCAAGUACUUAAAGGUGGUGAUCCUAUCACCUCUCAUCCGCUUCCUCUCCAGGCUAAAUAUCCCCAUCUCCUUCAAGCUUUCUUCAUAGGACUUGGUCUCCAGACCCCUCACCAUCUCCAUUGCCCUCCUCUGAACCUGUUCCAGCUUGUCUAUAUCCUUCUUAAAAUGUGGGGCCCAAAACUGAACACAAGACUCCAGGUGAGGUCUUACCAGAGCAGAGUAAAGCGAUACCAUCACAUCACUAUCAAUAGUCCCAUAGGAGACUAUUGGGCAGAUGAUGUAUGUUAGAGGGUUACGACAUCCAACGCACGUCUUUUGUUUUGUGCAGGGUUCCCCCAUUCGUUUAAAAUUAUUCUUUAAAUGUUGAAUGUCCAACCGCUUGCACAGGGGAACCAAGUGCAAAUGAUUUUUAAGCAACGUAUCUGUCAAAUGAAGGCAUUCGAUAUUUUAUUUUUAUUUUUUUAACCCCCAGACAUUGGCAUACAUUCUGUGCAAUAAAGCAUCCGUAAGGCUUGCGAAACUUAUUUAUAAUAACUUCCGUCAGAAAAAGACAUGGGUUUGAGGGAUCCUGCGUUAUCUGUUGUUCUGAAGACUAGGUUUGUGCCGCGUUGAAUCCGAAGGGCAAGUUUCCAGAUGUACACUACGGUUUAUCGCUAUUGGGGACGAUGUACAUAAAUUUGGUAUUCAUGGGUAAAUAAUUGUUCUAAUUCUGUGCUGUUUGGUACGCUUGCGAUAACCACAUUUUUGUAUUUCCAACAGUUUUAUAUAAGUCGGUGCGCCUGACGUGUAUCGUGUGCGCAGAAACACUUUACAGUCAAGACCUGCAUUCUGAACUUUCCAAAUACAGAUUCCAACCUUAAAGCCUUGUAUGAAAGCAGGAGAAUCAAAAAGAGAGCAUUGAUUUAUGGGGUGUCGUUUUCAAGUGUUUAGGCAGAAGUUAGCUAAAGGGUUUUUUGUCUGUGAUUGUUCGGUUUUGUCAAUGUGAGGACGGUUUUAGACCUUAUUGUAUUCUCAGUCUGACGCAAGAACUUGCCUUCCAGGAGAGAUUGCUGCACAAAGGUGCAACGCUAAAUGCCCAAGUAUAAAUAAAGAAAAGCUUUGAAAUCA